AUGAAAUUUUAUUAAUUGAAAAUAAAUAAAAAUGUAUAUGGAUAUUUAAAUAUUAUAUAUUAUUUUAUACUUAUAAAAAAAUAAAAUAUUAAAAAUACUGAAAUAUUUAUAUUUAAUAAAAUAUUAAUAUAUAUUACAUAUUUUUAUUAUGGGAAAUUCUGGAAUAAGAAAAUUGUUUUUUUUAAUGAAUAUGUAGAAAAUUAAUAUAAUAGUAUACAUGAAAUAAAAAGCAUAACUUUAGAUAAAGAAGAGAUAUUAAUAGGCGAUAUUACGAAAAACAAAGUAGUUAUAGUUGUAAAUUUAGGUUCUUAAAAUAAUUGUUAUUAAGAAUAAAUUAAUAAAUUGAAUGAAUUAAAGAAAAGAUUUGCAAAUUAAGUUGAAAUUUUAGGAAAGUUAGAAAUAAACGGAUAAUAUAUACAUCCUUUGUACAAAUUUUUGAAGAGAAAUUCGGUCUUAUAUAAUUAUAAAAUUAUGAAUGGUAUUAAAAUAAAUGAAGAUUUUUGUAAAUUUUUAGUUGAUUAAUAAGGGAAAGUUUAUAAUUAUUUUCCAUAAAAUAUUUCUUUUGAUAUUAUUUAAAAAGAUAUUUAAGAUAUAUUAGAUAAAUAAAAAUAGACUUGA